GUAGUAUUAUAACCGGGUUAGUCUUAAACCGCACAGUCGGUUACCGGUACCACGGCUGUUCUCUACAGCAACGAUCCGAUCCCGCGCCAGUGCGGCCGCUGCAGCCACCCACACCUAGGCACACACGGGCGCAUUGUUACAGUGAUCCGCCGCGACGUUAACCAGACGGCCGUAUAGAAAUCAGUAUUGCAUUACGACCGCGACACAAUAAGCACAACAAUAAUAUUGUCCUCGUGUUUUACAAUAUUAAUUCGUAUACCUACACCUACCGCGAUGAAGUGCGUCGUCCUUUACGGUUGUCUGGUGAUGGUCGCCACCGUCUUCUGCAGAGGUAAGACACCCGCUUAUAUUAUUACGAGCGUUUCCGCGUUAUUACCGCCAAAUGCAACACAUUCGACGCCAUUUCGGUUGCCCGUUCGCCGGAGAACUUUUGGUAAGGUUAGUUUCACCUGCCGCCCAAAAAAACCAAAAAAAAAAAAAAAAAUCAUUUAGUGAAAAUGAAACGGCGUACGAUUUUGUUCUCCUCGAAACUUACACAAUUUAGCAAAAUAAAAAAAUGCAAAAUAUUGUACUCGUGUUGUUUAAAAAUCGGCUGUAUAUUGGAAAUGAUAUUGGCAAAAAAUUAAUAAAUAAAUACAAUUAUGUUUUAUUUAGUUAUUUAACUUUGACUUGGUACAACUAAAAUUUGUUUUUGUCAUCUUAAUUUUGGUUAAAUGACUAAAAAAACUAGAUAAAAAGAUUAAAAUAUUAUCUUAAGUGUUUCAAUUAAAUUCAAAUUUCUUCUACAAAAUUAUAUUUUAUCAACCGAAAAUCAAAAGCUCUGAUAUAUAUUUCGUUUUGCUGGUAAAGUAUAACAUAGGCAAGUAAAUUUAAAUAUUUUGUUCAAAUUUCAACGAUUAGAUUAUUUUAGUAACCAUAAUAUUAGUGAGUUUUGAGAAGGAAAAUUUUGUGUUCGUUAUUUGAAUAUACAAGAUAACGUAAUCGUUGAUAUUAACGUUGUACUUCAACAACGAAAAUUAUUUAUUAGCUCGUCAAGGAUAAAAUUUAAAAAAUAGACUUAUACCAGUGGUUUUCAAGCUGGGUGCCGCGGUCUUUUGAAAUUUGUUUUUCUUAAAUUGUGACAGACCACCGGUUACGAUGAUCCGCUCGUUAAAUUUGAAGUCGUAACUCUUUGAUUGUAUGACUCAUUAAUUUUAUUAUUAGUUAUAAUUUGUGCAAAAUGCUAAACAAUGAGAAGAAAAAAAAAAAGGCCACAGCGUGCCGAGGUCAAAAAAAGUUUCAAAACCACUGAUUUAUACAAAUAAAGCGUAUUUCUAAUACUUUCUAAUAAGGUGCAAGAAAUACGGUUAAUUGUAGUGUCACAAAAUCUAAUGGAAAACUUGUUUUUUUUUUGAAACAUUUAAACGUGUACUGCAAUUUAAUAACCCUCAAUUCUCCGAAAAUUUUUGUUCAUUCGAAAAAUUAACGAUUUUAAUAUUUUAUGAAAAAUUUACCAAAUAUUUGACGAUCCCUUUCUAUAUUUUUAUGUAAUAUCUUAUUGUGGUAAACUUACCGAUUGAAAUACAAAAUAAUCUUUAAAAACUUAAAAAUUCCAAAAGAUUUUUAAAAGACAUUAUCGGGAACCCUGUUUCUUUCUUGAGUGAUGGAAAAUAAGGAAUAUUUAACGGUGUAAACCACGUGGGCUUGUGUACAUGUAUUUAUAAUUUUUUUGAUUUUUCACAAGAUACAUCGAGCAAGCUUUUUAUUAUGGGAAAGAGGGUGGGGGUUGAAACAUUAUCGAAUGACACAGUAACAUAUAAUUUAUGAAAAAAAUAUACAUAAAUACAUAAGCAAUAUAUAUUGUAAACGUCUAAUCUAUUUAAACACCGUUUAAUAGGUAUGCUAUUAAAAAUACUCGGACGAACUUAUGGAAAAGAAUAUCGGAUAGAAGAUGUGUGUACUUUAGUAGUAGGUAAUAAUAUUGUGUAGUUUAGUGCAUCUGGUGUUGAAAUUGUAGCAUAAUGGUUUUUUCCGGUUAUUCUUUGAUAUAAAGGCGACAGCUACAUUGUAAAAAAAGUGUUUUUGUUAAAAAUUACCUAAAUGUAAAAUAAAGUCAGGAAAUGUACUUUGAUGUUUUUUGGUUUUCAUUUGAUAAAACAGGUUUUGGUAACUGUUUUCUCGGGUUUUUCUUAUUAUGCCGAUGAAAGAAUAAGUCAGGAAAUUUACGUCUUCAGUUUUUCCGUACUUGUUAUGCUCGAAAUCUAAACCAAUUGUGAGAAGUUUUUCAAAUUUUCAAAUUUUGGUCUUCCGAAUUGUUUUUUUACCUCUUACCUAACGUGACUGUGCAUUACAAAUAAAUGGUUUUUUUUUCGAUUGAAGUUACGACUUACGAUCGUAUGCAGAUGACCAAUGGCUUGCGAUGAAACUAUUAGGUACUUAAUAAUGUUAUCCAUAGUUUUUGGUUGAUUCCAAAACCAUCUUAUUGGUUUUCGGAAGAAUCGUAUCCAACACAAUCUAAAUUGUGGACGCGUCGAACAAACACACGAGAAUGGUGUAUAUGGUAACACUGGUAACAAAAAUUCCUGUAAUGAUAAUAUAGCAUAAUCAUCUUAACAACUGGACAAUACCUCGGAUAUAGUUAUGAAACAUGAUUUCCCACGUAGGUAGUUACUUCCUGUCGGUAAUUAUUCGGCCGGUAUCAUUAAAUAGGUACCUUAAGUGGCGUGCACAGCUUUUUACAAAGAAGGGUUAUAUCAAUUUAUAUAACAAAUAAACUAAAAUCGUAAUUUACAAUAAUUCGCAUUUCAGCACAAACACAAGCCAUAAGUUUACCAAACAUCAUCUCCAUUAACGUAAUAUAUUUAUGUAAUCUAUUUUUUACAUUCAACAUUAAAACAAUUGUAUCAUAUCAUUAAAUUACAAAACCAAGUGAAUUUUUCCAGAAUUUUUAGUUAUGUUAUCAACAAUUUCAUCAGGAGCCCAAUUCACACUUGUACGGCACGGCACGACAAACAAACAUGUCAUCCAGUUCACAUAUGAUCGACCGAAAAUGACAGACAUGUACUUAACUACACUAAUCAAUAUUAGUUUGAUUACUAUUUAUUUUUUUUAUCAGUCGGAUUUUUGUAUUUUAACUUUUUUUCGGCACAGAAAGGGAGUGAGUUAAUAUUUUCACAAAAUUAUUUUUUUCUUAUUAUUUAAAAAAAUUAGUACGCAUUUUUAAUUUCGUAAUACAGACACCAACAGACCGACAAAACAUUCUUUGUCACAAUGAUUGGUCAUGUCGUGUACUCGUGUCAUAUCGUGCGUAUACGGAUAAGUGUGUAUUACCGUAUACAAUAUUAUAUUAAUAGAAUGUUUUGUCGUGUCAUGCCUUACCGAACUAGUGUAAAUCGGGUUUUAUGGGUAACUUUCUUUAAAGACCAAAUAAUAAUAAGUACCAAUAAAACAAAACAUGUUACAAGUAUAAUGAUUACAGGGAAUUCACGAAGCAUGGGUUUGUUAUAUAAAAAAAAAAAAAAACCGAGUAGGGAAAUUACACCCUUAUGCCUCUCUUGAGCACGCCUCUGGGGCUACCCCAGUAGGUAUACCGCAUAUACCGCAGCAGUCAUCGUUUUAUUUUUGAAACUGUCGGGUUUUCAUUUCAAUUUGGUUUACAAACACUUUUCUACAGAGAAUAAAAUGAUACUGCUAUAUUUGUAUUAAAAUAAUUUGUAUCAGAUCCUUUCGUCGGGUCUGCGGUUCUGCGGUAGCCAUUUAUUUUUGUUACCUAUCACUAAAAGUAUACACACACGUACCCGGUGCGAAAAUUAUUAUUUUGUCACGACCGUACAUAACGAACAUCGUAAUAUUAUAAUAAUAUUUUAUUCGUACCUAUCGUAUAGCAACGUCUAUUGCGAUACUUAUCUGUAGCCGGUUCCGCUCGUUAUAUCGCUGUCAUAAUGAUAUUAAUAAUACCAUUAUACGUAUUUUUUUACCUAUAAAAUCUAAAGAGAUUGUGUGACAUAACGUGUGGUACGUCGUAGGUUAAUAGAUAAUAUAAAUAUCCUGGCGUUGGUUCGUGAAAACCCAAAACCGUACAUCACAUAAACAAUCGUAAACCGGGGACAUGGUUUCCUACGUGACACAAACAUUUCUUGAAAAAAAAAAAAAAAAAUAGUAACAAUAAUACAAAUGAAACAACUUAUGUCAGAGAUAAAUAUUGGUCUCGUGCGCACAGCGGACACCUUUAUUAUAUAUUAGGUGGGUACUUAAAAUCUGUGAGGUGGUCGUAUAGUGUGUGUGCGUGUGUGUAUACGGACUCCGGUAAAAUACCGUUUAAAAGUAUUCGGAAAGUAUUCCUAAAAUAUUUUAGACAUACAGUCUGAGAAGAAAAAUAUUUGGUUAUAUUCGGAUGACUUCAAAAAUCUGUUACAUUAUUUUUUAGAUUCUGAACGGAACGAGGAAUGUAUUAAUUUUACCAUGUUGUGGGCUUAUAUUUUCAUUUUUUCUGUCGGUAACAAUUUUUUUAUCCACCAGUAGUCUUACGUCAAUCAAAAAUCAAUAAGAAGGUUUUUGAAUUUUGGAUCUAGUUGGUGAAUUUCAAGUCUAGUUUUUUUACUAUGUCUCGGCAUAUCUAGUAAUUAAACUAGAUUACUAAAUUACUUAUUACACCCAUCUGACAGCUGUAUUCUCCUAGUAAAAUUUUAAGCAAAGGCAGUAAUUAUAUCAUUUUCAUUAAUGUAUUUCUUUUAUUAGUCAUAGAUAAACCUUUGGCCUAUUAUCUAAUUGUUUUGUAUUUAGAGCUCCUCUUUAAUAUACGUUUUCAUGCAGUUUAGUGUAAACAACGUAAUUGCAGGAGUGGAAGAAAUAACUGGAAACCGUUGAAUAAUCAAAUCAUAAAAUAUUUUAAAUACAAAAACAUGCCUCACGGGAAUGAAAAUGGGGACUGUUUCCUCUUAGCCACCCUUGGCUACGCCACUGACAAUGUAUUCGAUUUUUUUUAUAAACAUCUAUAUGUGCGUAGUUCGGGUCAUAAUAAAUCGUUAAAAAAAAUAUAAUAUUUUAGAAACUCGCGGAUGAUGGGAAUACAUGGACGUUACAACCCCGUCGUCAUCUUUUGACUUCUAUACUAUAAUAAGGGCACUCGACACGUGUAUUUAUAAUGUUGGUGGACGUUAAAAAAGCUCCUUUAUAGUCUUGGAUGUGUGUUCGUGUGUAUGUGUGUGUUAUGGUCAUAAAACAUAAUAUAAUGUAUACAUAUAUAGUAUAUACGUAUACGACUUUUGACUCGGGUCAAGUGGCUGCACCGCUUAAGGAGCUUGUGUAUAGUCUCCGCGGUAUAUAUAUAUAUAUAAAUGUGUGUAUAUACCACGACCGCGGUAACGUACGCAAACGUUACUGCAGUAUAGCCUCGGUCGGCGGUCGGGAUUGUUGCGAGGGGCCAGAGGUGAACGAGCAUUGUUGAGAAAAUUUGUUUGUUUUAGCCGGGUCGACGUUCCGAGAAAAACGACUCGCAUAUAAGACUGCGAGGCGACACAUUUAUCACAAAACCGUACUCGGCGGUGCGCGGUGUACGCUCGCGCGAUCGAGAUCGGUAUAUAGAGCGAAAAAAAAAAAUACCGUAUAAAAUCGAAAACCGUGUUGGGUCAGAGGACUACGACGAGCGAGACGGCGGCGGCGGCGUUCGGACGAUAAUAUUACGCCGUCGGCGUCAGUGUGUCAUUGUCACGCGAUCGGUUUCGCGUAACAAACGCAAAAGCGCAGUAAGGCGACGGGAAAAAAAAAAAAACAAAUACCGACUGGUUAGGUUAAUAAUAAUUGAACUCGCCCGUCACGAAAUUGCGAAAUAUACAUUAUAACAAUGUUGGCUAACUUCGCUUCGAACUCGCUUUGAAACAGUAAUAUUAAUACGUGCUGAUCGUAUUGGGUUAGGUUAGGUAUUUUUGGUACACGAAAAAUAAUUUGACGAUUUUAAAAUAUUUUGUUUUCUCGUUUGCUUAAAUCCUGCCUGUGUUUAUAGGAACAAGCGAAAAACGACCAACUGAUAUUCCGCACCGUUGUACGUUGGUCGGCUACUGUUAUGGAUUUGUAGUCGAUAAGUUAGAACAUUAUGGGUAAUUUUGUUUACAUGUACAGGCACUGGGCUCUGAGAGCGACGAUAAAUCAUCAUUGCGAACAGAACAUCUGUUAGCAGCAGAGUUUCACUAGAGUCUAAUUCGCUCACAUCUAAUUUAUACUACAGACAUAUUCUUUUUAGAACAGUAAAUCGUAAAACACCGAAUUUAUAUAAAAUUGCAUAAGUCUAGCUUUAUUUGGAAGGGUCUGUACGGGUGUUUAACACUAAAAAAAUACGCUUCUUCCACGAAAUUAUGUAAAAUCUAAUUCAACUCUUAUCACUUAAAUGCGACUAAUAAAACAAUUCUAGAAAUUUUAAUUUUCGAGUUUGAAUAAUUGUUUUCCGUUUUGUCAAGAAGCCAAGGAUAUCCAAUUGCGAAAAUAUUGGCCUCUCACCUCAAUCGAUUUGACUGAAAAUGGUGCCAAAUAAUUUCAAAUUACAAUUAAAAAUUUGGUAAGAUUAGCUGAAAAUCAUUUGAUUUCUUGUAUAAUGAAUAACAUAUUUUUUUGGACUUAUAGGCUAAAUAUAGACCUCUUUGGCUGAUCAGUAUCUAAAUAUCAUCGAAUAAUUAAAAAUUGAGUUUCCAUAAAUGCAUACCAUAUAAUAAGUAUUUAUUUAGAAUAUUUCAAGCAAUUUCAAAAUUUGUUCUGGUAUUAUUAUAGUAAUAAGGCAUCAUAUUAUAAUGACAAGAUUGUGUGUGUGUGUGUGUGCGUUUUUUUUUUUUUAAUAAUGUACAUAUUAUAGGUAUGAUUAUUUAUUUUCUUUAUUUUAUGCUAUUACUGUCUACCUAUCUACUUAUAAUGAUUAUUUAUAUUAAUACACGUUAUAAUAGUUUGUGAAUGUUUAAAAGGUCUGAAAAAUGCCAAAUAAAUCCUAAAACGGUAUGCCAUUAUAGAAAUUUGAUUCAUAAUUAUUUGGCAGUAUUUUGACGCUGAUCUGCUAAUGUGGGGGGACUGCUCGAAGUUACCCCCUACAAAAACUGAAAUGGAGAAAUGUUGUAGUUAUUAGCCUAACCAAAUUUGCCGUUAUUUGCAUUAAUAUUCAAUUGUUUGGUCUCCAUUUUAAUUAAAACGAUUGAAGUGGAGGGGAGGCACACCAUAUCCGUGUGUAUAGUAUGAGCACAUGCAUAGGAAUUAGAAUUGUACAUAGGAUAAACCGGGAAAAAAAACGUAGGAAAAACGGGAACAUAUUAAACAAAUAAUAUUAAAGAAAAUAUACAAUGCAUAUGUUAUUAUUUAAUCAUAAUGCGAUAUAUAUAUGUUGUUAACAAUUAAUACUAUUAACCGAAUUCUGCUCAGAAUCCUUUUUCGUUAGCAAUGGUUGAUCGUUGCGUACAUCUGUAUGAUGUAGUCGUAAAUUCAAUUUCUCGUCUACUUUCCAAACUUCUCACCUACAAUAGUGGCCCAUCCACGUGCGAAGUAUGUCAGUCUUUUUUAUAUUCUUAUAUUUUUUUCAUAUUAAAAGAAAUAAUGUUUUAAAUAAAGUAUAUCCAAUACAAUUACCUUUUAGGAUUGGUAAUUAAAGCGAUUUUUAUAAAAAAGAAAAAACUCUUAUCGAAAAAGUGGUCGCAGAAAUUAAAAAAAUUAAAAUUAAAUACUAGCAGGUAAAAUUAACGUUUUUGAUCGUUAAUUUUACGUUGGUUAAACUAAAAGAACGUUAUAAUUUCGUUUUAGAUGUUAUACAUUUAGAUUACACUCAUGGGCGUGCGACAAAGAAUACCAAAAUAGACGUUUUAUCACCAUAAACGCUUACAACCGGUUUUUUAAAAUCGGAAUUAUUACGAUUACCGUGUUGUUUAUAGCGUUUAGAAGUACGUUUUUUUUUUAUCGUUUAAAAACGUAUACGGAAGAAUCAUACGUCAUCAUUGCGAGGACAGGUACCGUUUUUUCAUCAUUUAAACAUAAACAUGUAAAAAGAAACUCUGAUUGCUCGUUAAUUAUUCGCGUAAAUAAUUUCGUACAUGAAAUUUCGUCGGACCUCAUUUAUAUAACACAGGUAUACGUAUAAAAUAUAUAUUAUACUAUGUAAUAUCGUAUCUAUAGAUAUAAAACUUUACCGUUCGCCCAUAACAAGAAGCGUGUCUAAUAAUUAUUCAAUUCUUCGACAGUACAGUAAAACGACAGAUAGUCGUCGUUGUAGUCCGAAUUAACGCAGGUAUGAAAAACGUUAGCUGUGACACGUCAAAAAAACGCAUCUGGCGUAUGCUAUUGUGGUAAUAAUAUUAUCGUAUUUUAAAUAUGGAGUUUUCAGUUUUGUGGAUAUUGCAUUAUGAAGGUAUCUGUUAUAUAUAACAAAUAUAUACUGUGAUUUCUUUUUAUUAUGAAUCAGUAAUUAUAUCGGAGUUUUUUAAGUGAAUUGGAUAUCUGUUUUUUUUUUUUUUAAUCAUUAUGGAAUCGUUUAGGCAUUAAUUUAAAACCAUUUUCAAUUUUUUUUUUUGAACGCAGAUUUGAAUAGAAAACAUUUUUCUAGACAUUUUGAUGUGCAUAACGCUAAUAUUAAAUUUACCGUUUAUAAGUCAUAACAGUUCAAAGUUUAAACCGGAGGAGUAGGAAAGGGUAAUAAAUAAAAUUCUCUGAGGUAAUUUUUAAAAUUAUCUCAUGAUAAAAAAAAUCACCCUGUAUAUAUAUAUGAUAUAUAGGUACAAAUAGAGACAGAGAGUGAGAUUGAGACACAGACAAUACUAAGACAGAAAUGUACAAAAAUCUUAUUUAUUAACAAACAUCUUGUUUGAGAAUGAUAGUAAAUGAUUGAACGGUUUACCGGUUUCCCACUUAGAUAAUAAAGAAUAGAUAGGCUGUGUUGCUUUAACACAUGCUCCCAAAAACGGGGCUAUCCUAAGAUGCCUUUUUUUUUUAUUUAAUGAUACUUAUAAAUGGAAUGAAAAAGUCAAGUCACCCAUUACUUGCAAAUAACGCAGCGAUGGAUGAACCAUUGUAAUAUUAAAAAUAAAAUGUUUUUAAAAAAUAAUACAACAUGUAAACCAAACAUUUAACCGCAGUAACCAAUGUUGUAUAAGGCAGAUUUGUGAGACAGAGAUAGGUUUGUCUGUUCUCUUGGAACGCGGCAGCUUACGUUGAAACUAUGUAUAGGAAUGACUUAUCCAUUCUUUUUGUAUCUAUGGUUUCCCGCGGCUAUAAUGAUAAUAAUAAUCAUUAUUGAUAAUAUUCGGUUAGAAACUGGUACCUAUUGAAAUAUUAUGUGCUACCCAAACGCCCCAAACGAAAAUUAGAGCAUCGUUACGUAAUAUCAUGUCUAUGCAAUAACACGCGACGAUAUUGUCAAACAACAUUCAUAAUUUUAUGACGGGUUUGAAUAAAAAUAAUUAGAUAAUAGUGCUAUUAAAACAUUGUUCUGUAAAUUUUAAUUAUUUUAUUAUAUCGUAAACCGGGGUCGUGACACUUGUAGAACGAUUUGCGCAAUAAUAUUUCUUUGGAGAUGUCCCAGAACAGUUUUUUCCAACUUUCUGACACUACCGACCACUUAGAGAUCUAUUUCGAUAGGCCGCGAACUACCUCGAUUUUAUUGAACAAGAAUCGCUUCUUUUCACUGAUUAACUAGAUUACUAGUUAAGCAUUAAUUUACGGUAGUUUGAAAUCACUACUUUCUGAGUAAUGCACUCUACCACUAACUACUUGUUUUUUUUCUGUCUGCGAGCAACUUAACAACAAAACUUGAAAACUUGUUCCAAUAAUGAAAAAUUACAAAAGAUCUUUUCUGUUUUAUUUUGGAUCUAGUUGAUGCAUCUCAAGUUAACCAUUUUUCGAUAUUCCAAAUUUUUAUAAUGAUUUGAAACCCUUCUUCCCCAAUAAAAAACACAUGGAUAAAAGAAACACUAAUACAUUAACGAUUACAAUAUUUUAAAUUUAUUCUAUUUUUCUUUUGUACCAAAAAUGUUCACGAAAUUUUACUCGUAGAAUCUUUUGUGAAAUAUAAUUUUGUUUAGUUGAUGCAUAAGGAGGCCGUUUUUAGAUUUCUCGUAAAAUUACCUCGAUAAUAAAUUGAGACAAUUUAGGAAAAACGGGAAAAGUUUAUGAAAAUAACGUUUUAAAAAAUUUAAAUUUUUUUUCAUUUUUUAAUUUGGUUAAAAAUAUCUGCUUUUUUGACAUGGUAAAAUUUAAAAAAUAACCUAAUGAUUUAUUAGCUAUUAAAAGUUGUUUAGAUUAUUAUUUUGUAGACUUUGUGUGCAUAAAAUUAUUUUCCCAAGCAAAACUGGUUGAUAAUUUUACACAAAUUUUAUCAUAAUCUUAACUUAGUGGUUAAAAAAAAAAAUUAGAAUAAUGUAUAGUAAAAAUAUAUUAUAAACGCGUUUGAAGUUCACAUUUGAAUAGAAAUAGAAAAAUUCACGUAAUUCCAAGUACUACUUUUCGAUAUAUGUAAGUACAGUUUGUAAACCAAACCAAUAUAUGUUUAAUCAUCUGAGGGUAAUAUAGGUUUUUUUUUAUUUAACAUUUUAAGUUCAAAUUUUUAUAAAAAUCGUGAAAAUCACGACAAUUAAAAAUAUAUUGAAUUAAACUUCGUUUAGAAUCGUGUUUCGUUAGCAAUGAUUAAUCGCUGUAUAAAAAUAUAAUGUAAAUAACUCUCUGUAUCCUACCAUUCAAACUGCUUACCUACAAAAUUCGCACACUCAUCAGUUUUUUUUUUUAGUUGCGUCGUUAGAACCAACCGGAAAAAAAGAUAACGGAGAAGAGGCCACAUUGGAAAACGUACCGACCGUUUCGAAAAGACAGACGAAUUUCCAAAAUAAUAAUUUUGACCAACAACAAGUAAAACCAUAAUAUUUUUAGAAAAAAAAGAAACCAAUAACUUUUCCGCCGUUUUUACACAGAUUCCACAAGAAUAUUUUGAUUUCGUCCAGCAGACAGAUGCCGCUGGAAAUGUUCGACCACAACCGCAGUUCAACCAACAAACUGGGCCACAACAGUUUUUCGUAUCAGGGUAAAAAUCUAAAUAAAAAUCAUCUCACAUAAGCAUACCUAGUUAUUAAUGUCUUUAAUAAUGUUCUAAAUAAAAAUGGGUGUCACCUAAAUAUCAUGGUUCCUAGGCUUCAAACUUAAGAAAUAAAUACAAUUGUUUAUAACAUAAUAUUGAUAUGUUUUAUUCGUAGUCCGGAGAUUUUGCGCCACAGUGGUAGCAAAUUAAUUUUAAUUGAUAUUCCUGUUUUUUUUUUUUUUAGACAUGCCUUAGAUUAAGUUUUUAAGCGAAUUCAUUAUGAUAGGAGAACAUAUUUUCUUAAUUUGUGACAGAAAUUGUGAUAAAAUGGCCAACUGAUAAUAUGAUACCAACGUUAUGAUAAUCCGGUACUUUUAUCGUUACAUUCGUAAUCUAUAUCUACAGGAUAGAAUAAAAUGCUUCAUUGGAAUAUUCAUUAACUUUAUUUACAUAAUAAAUUUAUUUUUACUUAAAAACUAUGAUGUUCGUGCCGUUUAUAGAUAUCCGCCGAGGACCACAACAACCUUAUCUCCGUUCGCCACCGAACAAAAACGCCUACAAGAAGAAUACGCCAGGAGAACGUUAGUAGAACAGCAGACUGCGCUGCUCAGGAACAGGCAAAGGCCCGCUGCUGCCCAACCGUUACCACCCCAGUUUCAACAAGUCCAACCACAGCAACCACAGCCACUACAGUUUUUAGACCAAAAUGGACAGAUACGUCAGCAAGAAUUCGCGCCACAGCCACAAGAUAAUAGCUUUGUUCUUCCGCAACAAGAUAACAACUUUGCACCACAACAACAAAACAAUAACUUCGCUUCACGACCACUCCAAGUCAGUAGCUUUACGCCACGGCCACAGGACAACAACUUCGUGCCAAAACAACAACAGGACAACAGCUUCGCUCCGCAACAACAAAACUUCCUGCAGUCUACCGAUGAGGGCAGCCAAUCGUUUUCUUACGCUCAAGUCCAAUUCGGGCCGGCAAGCACACAGCAGGCAGAACCGGCAGUCAGUCGGCCAAAAGGUCAAAGGUCCGUGUCCAAGCCUAGGGUACAAAAUAACAAUGUCGUGAUAGACCCAGUCACUCAGCCGACGGUAGACCGUCCUGUAGCCUCUGCCAUCGUCAGCCCAGCUCAGUUGAACGCUCGCUUGCUCCAAAACGUCGUGUACAUCCAGCCUAAUGGCCAAAUGUACAAACCAAUCGAGGAAACGGAACAGGUCGUUCAAAUACCACGGAGGAACCACUAUUAUUAUCAGACUUCCGAAGGCCCCACUGUCAGCGCCACGUCAGCUGCUGCGUCCACGACCGUGGCCCCCCGUCCGGCCGAAGAAGAACCGGUGAUACUCAUACCCCGACCGAAGAAACCUAUCAAUCAGAGACCGAGGCAGGAGACGCAGAAAUCGGGAAGGACACAACAACAACAGUCUACUCGGGCUGAAGCCCCCAUACAACAGCAGGCAUAUCAGCUGCAACCGGAACAGUCAUCUUCAGAAGUUGAACCCGACAAUUUCCUCACUUCGCUUCUGUCCCAGCUACAGCUACAACAACAACAACAACAACAACAACAGCUGCAGGAAGAUACGACUACUCUUGUACCGCCAAAGUCGUCGAGAGGUAGCCAGAGAUUGUCAGCCACUAAAGCGAACCGACGGCCUGAAGCGACAACCAAGUACUUGGACGACAGGAGCCAGUUGCAGUUGUUGCAGUUUCCUCACGAGCUUGAAACGUUGAGCGGCGCCGAACUCAAAGCUUUGGAAGAAGCUAACGCGCAGAUAGCCACUCCGGCGGUCAACGACAAAUCUAAGUCCACACGGCAGAGGCAACAGAAGCAGCAGCCGAUCAGACAUAGGCCCACUACGUCUACCACAAAAUCACCACCACCACCACCACCGCCCUCUCGGGAGUCCGAAGAAUUCGAUGAACAGGCGUUGUUCCCGCGAACAGGUAACAGGCCCGUCCCAACGCCCGUCGAACUCGACGAUCAACAGCGUCAGUUCUUGGCGGCCCAAGGUAUACGUCAUCUGUAUCGUGUCGACUACGAUCAGUCCGGCAACGUUUUGCCACUUACAUACGUCUUGGCAUUGGACGGCCGGCCCAAGAGGGACGAACAGUCUACCGAGUCGUAAGCCGAUCCCGACGAUAAAAUAAUAUAAUCGCGUAACGUGUUUUUGUGUUUCGAUUUUUUGUAAAUAAUGUUUAGACUUACAUAGAUUAUAAUGCUGUCUGUAAUACAAUAAUGUGUUGUAUCUAUAACUUUCGCAUACUUCUUCGAUAUAUGUUAGUUACCUUUAUUAUAAUAUAUAGGAAACUAUCGAACAUAUUAUUUUUAAUAAAAUGUCUUAAAAAAAAAAAAAAAAAUGUAACUAAGUAUAAAAACUGGGAACAGUUAAUACUGUAUCGACGGCGUUAAAUUAUUUUAACAUUUUUUUUUAUUUUUUCUGUAGUUUUAAAAGUAUUUAAUAUUAAAUAGGUAACUAAUAAAAUGUUAUUUUUUGUUGUAAAAUGUAUAAUGACGUAUUAAAAAAAAAAAAAAAAAAACAUGACAAUUUAUUCGUGUUUCCCAAAUUAUAGUUAUUAAGUACUGUACCAAAACACACUAUGUUAUCACCACUAUUUAAAAUCUAGUAAGAUAGUUAUAAGCAUUUGCAAAAAUAAGAUAUUUUAAGGAAAUACUGUGUAAACAAAUCCCUCACUGCUGUCGGUUAAACAAUAAAAUAAAAAAUAAAUAAAAAUAGGACACACUUAUAUCAACGUUAUUCAAAGACGCUUUAAAACUAUCAUAAUCAUUUUAAAUAAUUUCUGAAUAAAAAAUAAACAGGAAUUUUUGAAAAUAUAGCGACCACACAUCGUUAAUAAACGUCAAAAUGUGCAAAUUUAAAUUUUAUUAUUAUAUGAGAAUCCUGUCACCUUGAAACAAAUUUCAAUGUUACACCUAAAUCAGUUAAAAUAAUAACGUAUUCAGCAGGAUUUAAUCUAUGCAAAUUCGAACCGAACGACAUGAUACUUUAAUAUUAUUAAUUGUUGAGAAAAUAUAGUGCCUAACAUCAUACACGUAUUUAAUACUUCUGUUUGUAAAAAAAAAUAUAUAUAUUUUUUGUAAUAAUUAUAGUUGUGAGUAACCUACGAAGUAUGCAUAUUUAUAUAUUUGGCGAAAAAUAAAUAGAACAUAUUAAGACAUCUUCGAC